AUGGAUUUUGUCUCUGGUUAUGAGGGGAGAGGAAGAGGCAAAACUGCCUGGGAAGGAAGCAGGAAGGCAAAGGAGGAGGGAGAGGCAGCGCUGCCUAGAAAGGGAUGGGGAAGCGGAAGGGAAAGGGGAGGUUACCUUCCUCAUCUAAGUUGCAGCUGCGGACUUCCAGGAAUCUUCGCUUGUCUGAAGGGAGCUGCUACAGUGCACUUUCAAGACCUGAAUGCCGAAACUAUAAGAUGCACAACUAUCCCUAAUGUCCUGGCCAACCUUGAGCAGGCUCGGGACAGGCAAAGCCGACAGCUGGAGAGUCCCCUAACUCCGUCGAGGCAAACUCUGGCUCCGGCAGUACAUUUCUUUGCUGGGGAUUGGGAAGAACUUCCCACGGUCUUGUCUGUCGUGAGGAAUGAUGGGUUUGAAGUUCCAAAACCAACCAGCCUCAGCUUUUCCGAGGAGGAUUUUAUGGAUGGUUCUAGUAGCCAAGAUGGAAGCAUUGUAGGGCAUGAAUCUUCCUCAAGGAGAUCAAGGAAGCUCUCUGGAAGCCGAGCAUGGGAGAGGGCUAGUGAGACGGACCAAGGUGAAACAGUGCUUUGGUGA